CGCAUCCAGCCAGCCAGAGCAUCUCGACAAGCGGAGGAACGUCGUCACGUACCAGUGGACGCAGUUUCACGGCAAGGAGGAGACGACCGAGUUCGAUUUAGACGGCCAUUUUGAGCUCGAGGGACACUUCCAGUGCAACUCCUCCGCUGGGCACAAGGAGUACCAGGACCGGCUCCGGGCGAUCCAUCUGCGCGUUGAGGGGAAAAGCAGGGCCGACAUCUCGAAGAUCCUCGACAGGUCGGAGAAAUUCGUCUCCAAGUGGUGGCAGAAAGACGUCAAAGAGGUGCCUCGCCCCCACGGGGUGCACGCCUACCUGGCGCUGGAGAAUGGCGGCGCCUUUGGCCAGGGCGCCCGGAAGACUGAGGCCUCGGCCAUGGACGCGGCCACGCACUGGCGCGACGUGGAGAUCCGCCGGGGCUUCGCCAGGGACGAGGCGGUCUACGCCGAGCUCUUGAGCAACGCAGAGUGGAAACAGGGCGAUGGCUCCACGACCCGGGAUUUCCGCACGGGCGCUCGUCACCUGAAGUACGACAAGGAAGGCAACAUCAGGUUGCAAGGCUACAUGAGGGCGAAGUACAGCAAGGGACAGUCGCCCGCGUUGGACCUCGCCUUGCAGAAGCUUUUCUCAACGUACGGCAUCGAGUCCCGCACCUCUGGCAUCCUACUGAACUACUACGAGGACGGGAAGAUGAUGCUGGGGUCGCACCGCCACGACUGUUGGACGGCUCUCCUCAGUUUCGGUUCGGACCGCAUCCUGACCAUCGACAACACGCCAGUGCUCUGUCGAGAUGGCGACCUCAUCAACUUCGGCACGCAGCGUCACGGAGUGCCGCUGAUGCCCGCUAUCUCCACAGGCCGCAUCACGGUGCCGGUGUUCUUCUACCCCGAUAAGCUUCAGAAGCAGGCCAUGUGGCAGACGAUCACCGAUGCAGAGGAGGCGGCGCCGUCGUCAAAGCUCGCAGCGAUGCAGACGGCAGCGAACCUCGCGGCCUCUGCGGCGCACGCGGGCCUCUGGUCCAGGCACCACGCCGAGGUCCGGACGCUGUGCGAGCUCGGCUUCGACGAGGAGCUGGCACUGGCCGCCCUCGCCGCGCACGCCUUCGACCCGGCCCUCGCGGCGCAGGCGCUCCUCGCCGCCUCUGACCGGCACGCGCUGCCAGGCACGGCUCCCGCCGCCGAGGAUGGGCCUCUCGGGCCGGGCGGCGGUGGCCGCUGGCGGAAGCGGCGCGCCGUGGGCGAGGGCGGGGCCGAGGAGAGGCAGGGCAUCCCGAGCGGCAACGAGCUCGACGACGAGAGCGCCGCACUCGCGGCCCAGCUCGUGGCCGCAGACGAGGCGGGCCCAGCGCCGCGGCCGGCGGGCGCCGAGGAGGCGGCGAGCGAGGCCGCCGCGCUGGCGCUGCACCUCGAGGAGCUGGACCGCACCGCGGGCGCCAGCGGCGAGUGCCUGCAGGCCCAGUUCCAGCAGUACGAGGCCGAGCUGGACCGGCUGGAUGCGGAGGACAGGUGGAACGGGACCAGCGGAGACCUCAUGGCGUUCCGCCAAGCCCAGGAGCACCUGUCGCUGGAGGGCAUGGAGAAGGCCACGCUUCAUUCCGUCGGCCACGGGGACAUGAGCGAGCGCGCCUUCUUCGAGAUGCUGCAGGUCAACUCGAUCCGCGUGCUCUACGACAUCCGCCCGACCGACUACCGACAUGAGCUCGUCGGUGUCCCCGAGCGCUUCUCUGUCAAAGGCCUGAAGAUGUCGUGCAAGUCGAGAGGGAUCUUCUACAAGCGGAUGGUGAUCGGCAGGGAGACUGCGUACGGGACGCUCGCGCACCUCCGCAGCCAGCAGGGAAGGCACGUGCUCGUAGAGCUCGCGUGGCAGGGGAAGCGCAGGCCCACCGCCUUCCUCGGCCGCGCGAGCGAUUGGCGACAGGACGCCCGCCUGGCCGUCGCCCAGGACCUCUGCGCCGCGGGGCAUCGGGUGCGGCACGUGCUGCCAGACGGCUCGCAGGAAAGCCACGCGCCCCUCGAGGCGCUGCCAGAGUGGCUGACGGGGGAGGCGGACCGCCUGCGGAAGCUCGAGAAGCAGCGUCAGGCGGGAGAGCUGAAGAGGCCCGAGAGGUCGGCGGUAGACCGCAGCAGCGAGGCCGUCGCCGCGCAGCUGAUGCGCCCCGCCGCGGAGGUGGACGCCACGGCGGCGCUGCAGGACGCGGAGACCCAGGUGGAGCUGAAGCUGGUGCAGCAGAGGCUCGUGAGGUUGCAGCGCCACGCCGAGAAGCACGAGCUAUUGCGGACCAAGGCGCUCACGCACACGCCCCAAUUCAUCAAGGAAGGGGCGCGUGAGCAGGAGGCCUGGAUCACUCAGCGGAAGAUGGAGAAGAAGAAGGCCGCGUCUGCGGAGGCGCCUUCAGCCUGUGCUCCAGGCGAUGGUGCGGCGCCUCUUGCUGCGGGCAGAGGCCCGGAGCACGAGCUCCAGGUGGAUUGUGCGGACUGCGGGGCCGUGCACGACUGGGCUCAGCUGCAGCAUGGUGACGGGCGUUGCGCUGCGUGCCGCAUCGUCACGUCUUCCAGCGCUGCAAGCAGCAGCGGAGCAGCAGAUGCCAACAACAGCGUGCUCCCAGACAGCAGCGGAGCGGCCGAGGGGGACGAUUUUAUCGUCGAGUGCGCGCGCUGUGCGAAAACGCACCCGUGGGCCCUUCUGGCGCUGGGUGAUGGCCAGUGCCCGCGGUGCUUUGAGGAGCGCGCAGAGGUGGAGGCUACAGCCGAGUCUGUGACAUCAGCGGGGCUGGCGCUUGAACCUGCUGCGUGUGGGAGAUGGCAGGCACGGCGGCGCCAUGUGGCUGCUGCCGCCUGA